AUGUCGAGCACAGAAGCGAAGAAGAUGGUCGUCCUGAAAAGCUUUGAUGGAGUGACUUUUGAGGUGGAGGAAUCGGUGGCGGUGCAGUUUGAAUCGAUCAGACAUAUGUUUGAGGAUAAUUUAGCAGGUUCCGUAAUCCCUCUUUCCAAUAUCAAAUCCGAGAUCCUGUCUAAAGUGAUUGAUUACUGCAAGCGCCACGCCGAUGACACCACUGAUGAGGAGGACCUCAAGGCGUUCGACGCUGAUUUUGUUAAAGUUGAACAUGGCACACUCUUUGAUAUCAUCAGGGCUGCCAACUAUUUGAACAUCAAGAGCCUGCUUGACCUUACAUGUCAAACUGUGGCAGACAUGAUCAAGGGGAAGACCCCUGCUGAAAUCCGCGAACUUUUCAACAUCAGUGAUGAAUUCACUCCAGAAGAGGAAGAGGAGGCAUCAAUUAUAACAAGGUUCAUCUAUAUGGACCGUUAUGCUGAUUGUUAA